GUAUAUCUGAGCGUGCUACGGUUAAGUCUCAGUGAUAGUUUGUUAGCUUGUUUCUCUUACAAACACUAGGACAUCAGACGAACACGUCCACAAUGCUACUCUGUAUUCUUUUCCUGGCCUGUUCUUUCACUUUUAAUCUCGUCUGCUCAAAUUCGACGCAUGAAACCCCAUUGGCGUUGGCGGGAUGUUCCAACAAUUCACAGCCCUGCAGCGUUUUUUUUUCAUGCUGCUUUUAUUAUGAUAUGUGCUAUCAAAAAAUCAACGGUGAAGGGAAUGGUAUGAAUAUUGAAGACGCAUUUCCAAUCAAUAUGACUGUUGAAGAAGAAUUGGAUUAUAUAGAAAGGUCAAUAUUCUUAUUUGUUGAUGAAAUGAUUAGCAACAUAGGUCUACAUCCAAGUCUGAAUCUUAGCGUUUCGUCUUAAUCAGCUUCUGCUACCGCUGUAACGGUAAAUGUGUCCAUUAUGAAUUACCUACAGACUGGACCUACAGACUGGACAUGCUAGUCACAUAUUUUUUAAAACCAUUGCUAGAAUCAUAACAUUUAUUUAAAGGAUAGGUUUUUAAAUAAUUAAUAUGAAACACUAUCACGACAUAUUUGAAAAAAAAUUUUUUUUAGGCUUAAUAAAAUACGUCCACUCA